AUGAACAAUCAAAAGCGGAUAAAAGUUAGUGUUUACAGUUAUAAUCCAGAUGAUUUGAUUGGAUCAGGAUACAAGAGCUAAGUUUACAAAGGGCAAAAUGAUAUGAAUGGAGAGAUCGUUGCUAUAAAAGUAUGUGAGCACUCUAAAAUGCAGCAUGAAAUUGAGAGACAGUUAUUACAGCAGGAAAUAACAGCUUUACAGGUUUUAGAUUCAAUCAAUAUUGUUAAAAUGCUUUGUUACUGUCAAAACACUAAUUUCACAUAUAUCAUAACUGAAUACUGCAAUUAGGGUGAUUUAGCAGAUCUGAUCAUAAAAAGAGGACAUAUCCCUGAGAAUGAAGCAGUCUUAAUAUUUUAUCAGAUUUUGACAGGAUUCAAAGAGCAAAUUUCAAAGGGUGUAAUUCACAGAGAUCUCAAACCAUCGAAUAUUUUGAUAAAGGAAAGGAUUUAUAAGAUUGCUGAUUACGGGUUUUCUAAAAUGAUAAAUUCUCCAAAAGAAAAGGUAUAUUAUAAUGUUGGCACCACUCUUUAUAUGCCUCCUUAGGCUUUGACUGAAAAUAAAUAUUCAGAGAAGAGCGACAUUUGGAGUUUAGGAGUAAUGUUCUAUUAAAUUUUGAAUGGAAAGGUACCUUGGUAAGCAGGCACAGAAUAGGAAUUUGUUAAGGUAAUCACAACGACUCCAAUUUAAUUCUCAAGAAAUAUAUAGAUUUCAUCAGUAGCGAAAGAUCUCAUCAUCAAAUGUUUAUAAUUGGAAGAGAACAAGAGAUACAAUUGUAAUCAAUUAUUGGAACAUGAUUUAUUCAGAUACUUUUAAGUUAGGCCAUCCAGAAAGUCAGUUUAAUUUUCCUUUAAUAAUUCCCAAUUAGCAAAUCCUGAAAACAGAGCAAAAACCAGUUAUUCUUAAUAACGUCCUAACCCUUCUGUUUAACGAAUUUAAAGCAAUAAGAAUCUCCUAGAGACAAGAUAGGAAUUAGUAAAUUAUGGAGAUGCUGUAAACAACAUUCUAAAUUUACUUAAAUUGAUUUUAAGAAUAGCUAAAAUUGUUGAUCAUUUUGACUUCUUUCUUGAAGGAGGAUUGAAAGAGAAAGUAUUAUACAUUACUAUCAAACAUGCUAUUUUUAAAUCAAAAUAACUCAUUUUUAUUUUGAACAAGAAUCAUUCUACUAUUGAUUAGACAAAGAAGAGUGAAUUUAUAGUUCAAAGCAAUCUUAUGAAUGAGACAUUUAGAACUUCAUUUAACAAAUUGUGGGACUCAAUUCAUAGGGAUGAAAUUCUAUUAAAUGAAAUCCUUAAAGAUAAGAAAUUUGCAGCUGCCUUUGACUAAAGUGAAUUGGAAGUUGAAAGUUAUUACAUUCUAAUGCUUCCUCUAAUAAGAAACUCAAUUAUUUUGUUAUAGAAUUAAUUGAACUUCAAAUUGAUAAAUGUAAAGGAUUAUGAUUAAUUGGGUGGAGUAGAAGAAGGUGGCAUAUUGCUCUUAACAUAUUUGGUCGUAUACUUAGAGAUCUGUAAACAUGUUGCCAAAAAUUUUGAUACAUCCAUAUUCUAAUUGAAUUAAUUCAAACUAAAAUUAGUGGUGGAAGAAAAACCAACAAAUCUAACAAAAAAAUAAUUCCUACAAAUAUGCUAAAAAAUUAAUUCGUUGCAGUUAGACUAUCUUCAUUGA